UAUUUACUGUCCGGAAGUCCUGCCCCCUGUUCUUCUUCUUACCGGAAGUAUCCCCCCUUUCUUCUCUCCCCCCUACGGGCACCGGAAACACUCGGCGCCCCGAGUUAUUGUGCGCGGGAGUGCGAAAGAUGGCGGCGAAUAUGUACCGAGUUGGCGAUUAUGUAUAUUUUGAAAACUCGUCCAGUAACCCGUAUCUGAUCCGAAGAAUAGAGGAACUUAACAAGACUGCGAAUGGAAAUGUAGAAGCCAAAGUGGUCUGCUUGUUCCGUCGCAGAGAUAUCUCCAGCAGUCUGAACAGCUUAGCAGACAGCAAUGCAAGGGAAUUUGAGGAGGAGUCCAAGCAGCCAUCCGUGGUUGAGCCACAGAGACACCAGCUGAAACACCGGGAGCUCUUUCUAUCUCGGCAGUUUGAAUCCCUGCCCGCUACACACAUCAGGGGUAAAUGUAGUGUAACGCUGUUAAAUGAGACUGACUUACUGAGCCAAUAUUUGGAGAAAGAGGAUUGCUUCUUUUACUCGCUGGUGUUUGACCCUGUACAAAAGACUCUGCUGGCUGAUCAAGGAGAGAUACGGGUCGGCUCCAAGUAUCAGGCAGAAAUUCCUGACCAAUUAGCAGAGGGUGAAUCUGAUAAUCGAAACCAACAGAAAAUGGAAAUGAAAGUGUGGGACCCAGAGAAUCCUCUAACAGACAGACAGAUCGACCAGUUUCUUGUGGUUGCCAGAGCUGUUGGUACAUUUGCGAGAGCAUUGGAUUGCAGCAGCUCCAUAAGACAGCCAAGCCUACACAUGAGUGCAGCGGCAGCUUCACGUGACAUCACACUGUUUCAUGCCAUGGAUACACUACAGAGGAACGGUUAUGAUCUUGCUCGUGCCAUGUCUACCCUUGUCCCUCAAGGAGGUCCUGUUCUAUGCCGGGAUGAGAUGGAAGAGUGGUCUGCAUCAGAAGCCAUGUUAUUUGAGGAAGCCUUGGAGAAAUAUGGAAAGGACUUCAAUGACAUUCGGCAAGACUUUCUGCCUUGGAAGUCUCUGGCUAGUAUUGUUCAGUUCUACUAUAUGUGGAAAACUACAGAUAGAUACAUCCAGCAGAAACGUCUGAAGGCAGCUGAAGCUGAUAGCAAGCUGAAACAAGUCUACAUCCCAACCUACACAAAGCCCAAUCCCAAUCAGAUUAUUUCUGUUGGAGCCAAGCCUGGACUGAAUGGAGCUGGAUUCCAGAAAGGUCUAACCUGUGAAAGCUGCCAUACCACAGUGUCUGCACAGUGGUAUGCAUGGGGUCCACCCAACAUGCAAUGUCGCCUUUGUGCAUCUUGCUGGAUUUAUUGGAAGAAGUAUGGAGGACUUAAAACACCAACGCAGCUUGAAGGUGCAACUCGGAAUAUAGGGGAAGCCCACCCUCGUACCCACCUUUCUCGGCCCGAAGCUCAAAGUUUGUCUCCAUAUACUACGAGUGCAAACCGUGCUAAGCUAUUGGCAAAGAACCGGCAGACGUUCCUUCUGCAGACGACCAAGUUAACCCGUAUUGCACGUCGUAUGUGCAGAGAUAUUCUGCAGCCUAGGCGAGCUGCACGUCGACCAUAUGCCCCAAUCAACUCAAAUUCUAUUAAAGCAGAAUGUUCCAUUCGGCUACCCAAAGCAGCUAAAACUCCUCUGAAAAUAUCGCCCUUGGUGCGUCCCCCUCUGUCUGCCAUUGUAAAAGAACUUGCUGCUCAAGCACCACUGAAACCGAAGACUCCUCGUGGAACAAAAACUCCAAUAAACCGUAACCAAUUAAGUCAGAGUAGAGUCAGUAGUCUCGGGGUGCUACCCGCCAAAAGAGCAUUUGAACCAGUAUCUGGUGUGGGGGUAGUUCCUCCAUUUUCUGCCAAUGGUCGCAUCUUCACAUCAGGUGUCCGUUCUAGCAAUCAACCCAAUGUCAAGAGGCAGAAACUUAAUCUUGCUGAUGCCCCAAAUCCUGUCGUGUUUGUGGCAACUAAAGACACAAGAUGCUUAAGAAAAUCCUUAUCGCACAUGGAGAUGCGCCGAGCUGCCCGACGUCCCAAUCAGCCUCUGAAGUUGAAGCUACCACUGCCCCCACGACCAUCUGGGCUUCUGCCCUCUGUUACCACACCCCAUCCUGCCAGUACAAGUGAACCGAUUGUUUUGGAAGACUAAGGGACUAAAAUGAAACCAACUAUCUAUAGAAAAAAUUUCUGUCCCCUUAAAUCUUCCUAGUCAGUACUGCUCACUCGGUGCUUAUCUCGCUGGCAAAUGCACUUGAGGACAGAAGGACCCUGAGUAAAGACGUCCCAUCUUGAAACCCAGAUCCCAAAUGCCCACCCUUUCACCCCCAACCUAGCUGCGACAGGGCCUUGUUUUUGCUCCUUCGCUUUCUCCACUUUCAUUCUACCCAUGUCCUUUUUAUUUUAAUAUAUAUUUUCUUCAUUUAACUCCCUUGCCUAAUUCUUGGGGAGCUCUAAUGCUCUCAACUUGUGUCCCCAAUGUUAUUUUUGUUAUUUUGCUUUUUUUUGUACAGUGAAACAAUUUGAGGUCCACCAGUAAAAUGAGAAAACCAAGUAGGGAAGUGUACUGCUUGUAAGUGCUGUGAAGGAGAUGGAAACUGCAAAACUUAGCGGCAGCUUACAAAACUUCCUCCGAUAUAUGUGAAGGUAUACUAUGCAGUACCAAGCCACCGACACUACCGAAAGUGUCACCCAGCUUUCCCAGGUACCUGUCUGUCUAUAUAGGCAGGAGGGAUUUCUGAUGUUUCAGUGUGGGAAAAGCUGGAUUCCAAUUCUUGUGGAGCCGAACGCACUGUCCAUAUAAUGUUAGCCUUAGAUUAGCUUUCCUAGGACCUUAAAAGACAAAUCUGCCUAGCUAUGAACCUGUUUAGGAGUGGAUAGGUGGUUUAUCUUGGUAGAUUUAGUAUUCUGCAGACUCUAUUACAGUUCCUUAUGGUUUAAACUGAGUUUUCUCAGGACCUUGAAAGGCAAAUCGGCUAUAGGACCCUUUGGGAGUGAGGAGAAGUAUUUAUUUAGGUAGACUUAAUAUUUAGCAGUCCCUGCUAAAAGGUCAUAUAAUGUCUUACCCACCUUUUUACAGGAAGGGUUAGCCAUAUUGGUUAUAUAAAAUAUACACAAUGCUGCUGCUAUAGUGUGUGAAACUAUCAUAUUGUACCUGGGAAACCUAAAUUGCUGCCACCAAUGCAGGUGCAUAGUAUUGUCACCCAGCUUUUUGAGGACCCUGAAAUGCAAGUUCAUCUAGCUAUAUGAAGGGAUGUGUGACUACAUAAACUAGGCAAAUUUGGAAUUCAGCAUGUGAGAAAGCUAGGUAACAACCUCUACAGAUAGAUAAUGGAGGCCAUACUUGGUACAUACAUUCUGCACACACUAUAUCUAUAAAUAUUAUAUUGGGACAACCAUGAUUAUGUACUGUAUGCAUAGUUUGAUCGCCAGCAUAUCUCCACAUGCCACCUAGCUUUCCAAAGAAAAUCUGCCCAAUAAUGCAGUGAAAGUGGAAAUCCUAAUUAGGCAGAUUAAUUACUCAACUACAGUGCAUUUCAAAAGACCCUUUCACCGUUUUAACAAUUUUGCAGCCUUGUGCUAAAAUUUAAAAUAAAAAAGUUCAAAUUUUCCUCAGCAUUCUGCACUUAGUUCACUAUGAUGACAAAGUAAAAACAGAAUGUUCUAAAAUUUGGCUAAUCAAAAGCGUAUUCAUACCUGUUACUCUGUACUUAGUUGAAGCAGAGAUUACAGCCUCCAGGCUUCCUGGUUAUGAUGCCAAAAGGUUUGCACACCUGGAUUUGGGGAUUUUCUGCAGAUCUUCUCUGCAGAUCCUCUCAAGCUCUGUCAGGUUGGAUGGGUACAGUUGGUGGACAGCCAUUUUCAGGUCUCUCCAGAGAUGUAUAUAUUUUUUUUGUUUCAAGUCAGGGCUCAGGCUAAGCCACUCAAGGACAUUAACAGAGUUUUCCCUAAGCUACUCCUGUGAUGUUUUUGCUGUGCGAUUUAGGGUCAUUGACUUGUUGGAAGUUAAACCUUUGGCCCAGUCUGCAGCCCGGAGCUCUCUGGAUCAGGUUUUCAAUAAGAACGUCUGUUCUUUCAGCCAUUCGGUUUUCUCUCAACUCUGACCAGUCUCCCUUUCCCAGCUAGUGAAAAAAAAUCUCCACACCAUGAUGCUGCCAAAAGCAUCCUUCACUGUAGAGAUGGUAUUGGGCAGUGUCUGGUUUCUUCCAAACAUAACUCUUAAAAUUGAUUUAAAAGGUCAAUCUUUGUUUCAUCAGACCACAGAAUCUUGUUUUUCAGUCUGAGUCCUUUAGGUUCUUUUUUGCAAACUUGAGGAGAGGCUUUUUUUGUGGCCACAAUGCUAUAAAGUCCAGAUAGGUGAAUUGCUGCAGUGAUGGUUGACUUUCUGGAUGUUUUUUCCAAUCUGCACAAAGGAUCUUUGGAGCUCAGAGUGACCAUUGAGCUCUUGGUCACCUCUUACCAAGGCCCUCAGUGACUUGGUUUGGUGGGGCAGCCGGCUCCAGGAAGAGCUGUUCCAAAUGUCUUCCAUUUAAGAAUUAUGGAGGCCACUGUACUCUUCUCCAGAUCUGUGCCUCAACACAAUCCUGUUUCUGAGCUCUACAGGCAGUUCUUAUGUGGAUGACAGCUGGUAUUGUGGUUUGCACUGUUAAAAAAAAAUCUGUAGUAACUAGGAUAUUCCUUCCAAUAAACUGGUGAUACUCA